UUUGAAUUGAACGCCAAUUGAGAUUUCUAUAAAAUAAAAGUGAAUAAAAUAAAACUUAAAGGAUAGUUACGAUAUAAAAGAAGUUCAAGAGAAAGUAAGAACAAUAAAAUUGUAAGAUUUCAGUGUUAUUUAACACUAUUCGUAACUUCACCAAUUAAACAUUCAGUUUUAUUAAAGAAGCGAAAUAUUACUUGAAUUAUAUUCGUAUAUAUACAAAUAAAUAUACAUAUUUUGAAGUAAAAUACUCUUGAAUAUCAACAAUUUUUUUAGUCGCGUUUUUUGUUUUACGCCACUAUCAACAGCAUUCAAGAAGACCAACAACUUUAAUUUACGUACAUACAUACAUACAUACAUAAAUAGCCCCACCAAGAGAGACAAAAUUAUUCAAAAAAAAAAACCAAUAUUGGAAAAAUUAAGUGUACCAUCUCUCCUGAGACAUCAUAACUUAUUUUAUCUCUAAAAUUACAAAACAUAAAAAAAAAUAAUAAUAACCAAAAACCAGUAAUUUACUUUUAUUAACCAAAGAGGUAAAAAUUUUUAAAAUAUAUAAAUUAAACUAGUUAAACUAGUAACAUCAAAAUUCUCAUAGCAUUAGUCUUACAAAUAACGUUGUUCCCAUCAAAACCUUUGCGAAUGCUAAAUAUACAAAAUUAAAUUAAAAGAAAAAGAAAAAAAAAAAACAAUUUAAAAACCUUGUAAUAAUAUAAAAAUUGUGAAUAUUCUCUUAAUUUGGAAUUAUAAUCAAGUAGCUACACGAUUAUUUAUUUUGUAACUGGUUUAAUAAAAAAUUUUACAAAAAUUAUAUAAAAAUAGAGCUGUAUAAUAUUAAAAUUGAGAUAAAGAUAGAGAAGAAAUGAACGUUUUCGGUCUUGAUGUAUGCACUGUAUGUAUACCAAUCAUUAUUGCAACAUUAACGGUUGGUUUUGUAACACUUUUGAUCGCAUUAAGAUUUUACGUGGCAAUCAGUUGUGGAGUUUGUAAAAAUAAUCGUACAAUGGAAGGCAAAACAAUUAUUAUAACAGGUGCUAAUGGUGGUAUUGGUAAAGAAACUGCUAGAGAUUUAGCAAGACGUAAGGCUCGUGUAAUUAUGGCAUGUCGAAAUUUAGAAACAGCAGAAGCAGCACGUAAAGAAAUAAGUGAAGAAACUGGUAAUAAUGAUAUUAUUGUCAAAAAACUAGAUUUAGGUUCAUUACAAUCAGUAAGAGAUUUCGCAGCUGAUAUCUUAAAAACUGAAGAAAGAAUUGAUAUAUUAAUACAUAAUGCUGGUAUGGCAUUGGCAUUUAAAGGUGCAACAAGUGUUGAUGGCAUUGAAUUAACAAUGGCAACAAAUCAUUAUGGUCCAUUUUUAUUAACCCAUUUAUUGAUUGAUAAAAUUAAGGCGAGUACACCAGCCCGUAUUGUUAUUGUUGCAUCAGAAUUGUAUCGUUUAGCAUCAGUUAAUGUUAAUAAAUUAAAUCCAGUUGGCUCAUUUCCAGCUGCAUAUUUAUAUUAUGUAUCAAAAUAUGCCAAUAUAUACUUUGCACGUGAAUUGGCAAGACGUUUAGAUGGUACAGGUGUUACAGUAAAUUCAUUACAUCCUGGUAUGAUUGAUUCUGGUAUUUGGAGAAAUGUACCAUUCCCAUUAAAUUAUCCAAUGAUGGCAAUAACAAAAGGUUUCUUUAAAACAACAAAACAAGGUGCUCAAACAACUUUACACGUUGCAACUGAUCCAGAAUUGGAAAAUGUUUCUGGUAAAUAUUAUAUGGAUUGUAAAGAACGAGGUUUAUCAAAUGCGGCACAAGAUAUGGAAAAAGCUAGAAAAAUAUGGGAGGAAUCAAUUAAACUGGUUAAAUUAACUGAUAGUGAUCCAAAAAUUUAAUGAAAUUAAAUAUUCUUAUUAUAAGUAGGGAAGUAUUUGAAGGGUAAUUGAAAAUUUGGAAAACAAAAUGUAAAUUAUAGAUUAUUAAAAACAAUUUUUGUGCACUGAAGAUGUAUUUUGGAAUUUUCUUAUAAAAUUUUUCAUAAAAAUGUAUUUUUUGUCUUGUAAUUACUUUUAUUUUUGAUAUAUUGUGUAAAUCUUCUGGUGUAUGCUAAAUUUUACCAUCUUUUAAAUUAAUUAUAAUAGCUAUUUCAAGCUAUAAUUAUAUGUAGUUAAAAACAUUAGAAAUUACAAGCUUAUUUUCUCAAGCUUAAAAAAUUUUACUCAAAUUUAUUUUUA